AUGAGCAGCUCGACAGACGCACCCGCGAGCGACGCCAGCCUCGAAGCGCACCGCCUCGUCGCCCGCUUCCUCCGUCACCACCGCUACGAGUCGACCCUCGCCUCGUUCCUCGCCGACUCGGCCAACAACCACCCGCGCCUCGAGUCGCACCUCGCCCGACCGCGCCGACCCGACACGGGCGAAGACCUGCAGGACGUCGUCGACGAGUGGCUCGCCGCCCGUCUCGCGCGCCUCAGGGUCCACGACUCGGCCGCGACCCUGCGCGACCAGCUCGACCAGCUCGAGUACUACGCCGAGGCGAGUGGCAGCAGCGCGGCGGUCGGGCCGGCGCGCACGGCGUGGAGGGAGACGAGCAACGUGCUCACCGUCUCGCGCGCUGUCGUCCCGAGGCGCGAGUGGGACUCGAGCGAGCUGCGGUUCCGCACCGACGACGUGCCGUGCCUCUUGACGACUGCCGUCGACCGCACGCUCACGGUCCACGACUCGGCCACGUUCGCCCUCGUCGACUCGUACUCGCUCCCGUCGCCCUGCCUGUCGCUCGCGCAGCACCCGGUGCCCGAACACCGACGGUUCGUCCUGUGCGCGACAAUGGAGGGCAGCCUGCUCGUCGUCGACCUCGUCUCGAGGGAGGUCAAGGCGCGUGUCAAGGAUCACACGAAGUACAUCGUCAAGGUCGCCAUCUCGCCCGACGGCCGACACGUCGCCACGCUCGGCUACGACAAGUUCCUCACCGUCUACCGCCUCUCGCUCACCUCGCCCUCCUCCUCCUCCUCCUCCUCCUCCGCAUCCUCGGACGCGCCCGCCCUCCUCGACGGCGAGGCGCCCGACCCGCUCGCGACGUGCCCCCACGUCGCGCUCGAGCAGGUGCACCGCCUCGCGACGCGGUCCAACCCCGAGGCGGCCGUGUGGCUCCCCGACGGCAGCGAGCUCGUGUGGUCCGCGAGGGAGGACCACCGGCUGCACUACCUGCGCAUGACUGGUGCUGCGGGUGGGUCUGGACGAGAGGGCAAGGGCGACGAGCGAGGGUGGACAGAGUCGUACGUCAACUUGAACCCGAACGGCGAUGCGUUCGUGUCGUUCUCGAUCCUCUCGAUCACGCUCCACCCGACGCUCCCGCUCCUCUCGCUCCAAACGUCGACCACCUCGGCCCGGCUCCUCCUGUACCCGUUCCACUCGUCGACCCGGCUCGCGACAAUCCACACGACCGCGGCACAGUCGGACUACUUUUCGCCGCGCCACGCGUGGUUGCCCGAUGGGUCGGCCGCCGUCGUCAACAGCGAGGACGGCGUCGUGCGCGUCGUCGACGUGCGUGGCAACGUGCGCGUGUUUCAAGGGGCACAUGGGAGCGCGGCGCCGCUCGAGGGGGGCGAGGGGGAGGGCGAGGGGGACGAGCUGAGGAGCGAGAGGGCGAGGCUCAGGCGCGAGGCCGACAGGGGGAGCUCGGUCGUGAGGGACGUCGAGGUGCUCGUCGACGAGGAGGACUCGGCGGGACGGCCGACGAGGUGGAGGAUCGUCAGCUGCGGGUUCGACAAGACGGUCAAGGUCAUCGGCUGA